GUUAAUACCAACCCCCUCUCGCCGUUACGCUCCUAAAACCCUAGCGAAGGCGUGCCGUUCCCUUACUGCCCGCCCGCCCGCCGCCGCCUCCGCCAUGUGCCCCGCAGCGGCGACCAUGAGCUCGGCCAGGCCGUCGAAGAAGCGGAAGCAGCCCGUCGUCUCCCAGCCGGAAUCGGACUCUGAGGAGGAGGAGGCGGUGUACGACACCACCUCCGACGGCGACGAGGAGGAAGAGGAGAGGCAGGAGGAGGCAGAAAGCGAGGAGGAGGAGGAGGAGGGGAGCGAUGAGGAUGUGGAGGAUGAGGACGAGAGCGAAGAGGAGGAGGAGGUGAAAGAGACGGUGAAGGAGGAGGAAAAAAAGGAAAAGAAGAAGAAAAGGGAGCAGGUGAAGGAGGAGGAAAAGACGAAGGAAAAGGAGGAGGAGAAAGAGGAAAAGAAGGUGAAGAAGAAAGAUCCGAAGAAGAAGGGGGAGGGGAGCGGGAUUCUCUCAAACAAGCUCUUCUCGGAGCUCCCCAUCUCUGAGCUCACUGCCAAGGCCAUCAGAGAGAUGAACUACACCCACCUCACUCAGAUUCAAGCUAGAUCAAUACCACAUCUGUUGGAAGGAAAGGAUGUGAUGGGCGCAGCCAAAACUGGAUCAGGGAAGACUCUUGCGUUCCUUAUACCAGCAAUUGAGCUGCUCUUUCAUCUGCGCUUCUCACCGAGGAACGGGACUGGAGUUAUUGUGGUUUGCCCGACAAGGGAGCUUGCUAUCCAGACACACAAUGUCGCUAAGGAGUUAAUGAAGCAUCAUUCGCAAACUCUUGGAUAUGUCAUUGGUGGUAAUAACCGGAGAAGUGAGGCUGAUCAUCUUGCGAAGGGGGUCAAUUUAUUAGUUGCUACCCCAGGCAGGCUUUUGGACCAUCUACAAAAUACCAAGAGUUUCAUAUACAAAAGGCUAAAGUGCCUUGUAAUUGAUGAAGCUGAUCGCAUACUUGAGCAAAACUUUGAGGAAGAUAUGAAACAAAUAUUUAAACGCCUACCUCAGAAUAGGCAGACUGUUCUUUUUUCUGCUACACAGACUCCAGAGGUUGAAAAUUUUGCUAAAUUAUCAUUUGAGAAGAAUGAAGAAAGUAAGGAAAAACCAGUUUAUGUUGGAGUUGAUGAUGAUAAGUCAAAGGCUACUGUUGAAGGCUUGCAGCAGGGGUAUUGUAUCAUUUCUAGUGAGAAGAGGUUCUUGGUUCUAUAUGCUUUCCUCAAAAAGAAACAGAAUAAGAAGGUCAUGGUGUUCUUUUCAUCAUGUAAUUCAGUCAAGUUCCACUGGGAACUUCUGAAUUUCCUUGGGAUAGAGUGUUCUGAUAUCCAUGGGAAACAGAAGCAACAGAAACGAACUACAACAUUCUUUGACUUCUGCAAGGCAGAAAAGGGCAUUUUAUUGUGCACCAAUGUAGCUGCACGUGGACUUGAUAUCCCUGAUGUGGAUUAUAUCGUGCAAUAUGAUCCUCCAGAUGAACCAAAGGAUUACAUUCACAGAGUGGGUCGUACUGCCCGUGGUGACAAAGGAAAGGGAAGUGCAUUGCUGUUCUUACUACCAGAAGAAUUGAAAUUUCUCAUUUACUUGAAGGCAGCCAGGGUUACCCUUACAGAAUAUGAGUUCAAUCAAAAGAAUGUGCCGAAUUUGCAAUCACACCUUGAGAAAAUUGUUAGCGACAAUUACUUUUUGAACCAGUCUGCAAAAGAAGCCUACAGAUCCUACGUUUUGGCUUAUGACUCUCACUCUAUGAAAGACAUUUUUAACGUCCAUCAACUUGAUCUGCAGAAAGUAGCUGCAUCAUUCUGUUUCAGAAACCCUCCAGAAAGUAGCUGCAUCAUUCUGUUUCAGAAACCCUCCAAAGGUGAAUCUGGACCUGGAGAGCAGUGCUGCAAAACAUCGGAAGAAGAUGAGGAGAUUAGAUGGUGGGAAGAGGCAUGGUAUCAGCCCUUCAAAUCCUUAUGGAAGAAAGGACAGAGAUGGUGGAAGAAAGGACAGAGAUGGUGGUGUUGGUAAAAGACAGGUUGCGAGGUUUUAGAAAGAAGAGCCUUUCAUGGUUCGUGUAAUCCCACUAUACCAAGGCUUAAUGUUUCCUGGCUUUGGAAAAUUUUGACAGAUCACUUGAUGCUAGAGUGGGUGAGAUAUUAUCUUUUGUCUUAGUGGAUGAUUGCUCGAUGUGUUGCCUCUUUAGAGUGUAAAAUGCAAUUGCCCAUACAGUGGAUUCUUUAUUUCAUAGUGCUGUCACUAGUUUUUGCCC